AUGAUCUGCCUCUCCAAGGCUGACGAGCACGCCCUGCGGCACCUCUCCUUCAACCAGAGCCCGCCUGCCCUCGCACCGGGCCAGACCACCUGCGAGGACCUCAACGGCAUGGCCAAUCUCCGCGAACACGUUGCCGCCGACCAGGACGACGGCGGCGGUGGCAACGCGGGCCUCUGCGGCGCCGACGCCCAGGAUGAGCGGCUCCGCCACGCCUCGCCUGAGCCCGAGUUGCCCAAGGCGGCAGAAGCAGGAUGGUGGUGGAACGGCCCAUCCCUGUCUUCUCGCACGGCGGUCCUUGGCGGACCCCCUGCCUCUCCAGCAUCUCCUUCUUCUCAGCGUACUCGGUACGUCUGGGGUUGGGUGACCUGGAUCUCCUCCGUUCUUGUUGUCUCCUCUGUACUCUCCUCCCUCCGGGAACCCUCUUCUCGGGCUGUCGUAGCCCCCGCGUUCUCGUCGUCUCCCGGCGAGCCAACUAUGCUUCUCCUCAACGACACCGCCACCUCCGCCGUCUCCUCCGCCGCUCCGGCCCUCCUCGCCGCCGCCGCCACCUCCGGACCCCUCCGCAAGCGCUCGACCUGCGCCACCGGCGGCGUCGGCGGCGACGAGUACAACACGCCGCUCCACGUCGGCGCGCUCUUCAUCAUCCUCUUCGUCUCCUUCACCGGCUGCGCCUUUCCGCUGCUCGCCGUCAAGUUCCCGCGCCUGCGCAUCCCCGCACGCUUCUUCUUCGUCGUCCGCCACUUCGGCACCGGCGUCCUCAUCGCCACCGCCUUCGUCCACCUGCUGCCCACCGCCUUCGUCUCCCUCGGCAACCCCUGCCUCUCCAGCUUCUGGACCAAGGACUACCCGGCCAUGCCCGGCGCCAUCGCCCUCUCCGCCGUCUUCCUCGUCACUGUGAUUGAGAUGGUCUUCCACCCCUCGCGCCGCAUCCAGCCCGAGGACAUUGCCUUGAAUGGCGGUGGUGGGCAUCAGGGGUGCAUGGCGAACGUGGCGUUUGUAGCGGAGGGGGAGCGAGGCGCGGAUGGCUCCGUGACGCAGCCGAUCCGGGACAUGGGUCCGAUAGGCGGCAGGCAGUCGAGCGUCGGCCAGAACUUGACGCAGCUGAGCAGGUCGCUGUCCACGUCGGUCGACACCUCGCGGGACCCGUCCAGGAUUGCCGUGACUGGCAAGAACGAUGCGGUGCUGUCAUCGGAUGAGGACUCGUUCCGGCCUCCCACUCUCUCUGCUCAGCAACAGCUGCGCAGGGAGCGUCUUCAAUGCAUCCUCCUAGAGCUGGGCAUCCUCUUUCACAGUGUCUUUAUCGGUAUGGCUCUGAGCGUGUCUGUUGGGAACGAGUUCAUCGUGCUGCUCAUUGCCAUCACAUUCCACCAAACCUUUGAGGGAUUGGCACUGGGCUCUCGUAUCGCGGCCGUCAAAUGGGAAAAGCAAACGAUUCAGCCGUGGCUCAUGGCACUGGCCUAUGGCUGCACCACGCCUCUUGGACAAGCAAUUGGACUCGCCACGCAUACGCUCUACAGCCCCGACUCCGAGGUCGGUCUUAUCCUCGUAGGUGUCAUGAACGCCAUCUCCGCCGGGCUGCUCACGUUUGCGUCUCUGGUCGAGCUCCUCUCCGAAGACUUCCUGAGCGACGCCAGCUGGCGCUACCUCCGCGGCAAGUCGCGCGUCGGCGCCUGCAUCCUGGUCUUUCUGGGCGCGUUUGGCAUGAGUCUCGUCGGCGCUUGGGCAUAG